AUGCCCGAAUCUGCUCAGGCCGCUGCUCCUGCCGCCGCCGGCGGUAACCCCAAUUCCCUGGGCGACAACAAGGGAAUCAAGUUUCACAUCAAGACCGGUGGCAAGUCUUACGACUGUGUCCUCCAGGACCGCUCUGCCUAUGAGCGCAAGAAGGCUGCUCUCUCCGGACUCGCCGAGUCUGUCGGGAGCUCUUCCUCGUCUGCCAAGUCGUCUUAA